AUGCCUCACAGAGACAAAUCCUCGGAUGGCGUCAAUCGUCUCCCGGGGCUCUCAGACUCUCAAGUGGCUUCCCGACGCCGCCAGAUGCUCGACGUCGUAAACGCACUACAUCUUACUGGUGUGCAAGUGGAUGUCGAUAUUCCACUCAUUGCAGUGAUCGGUUCUCAGAGUGCUGGCAAGUCGUCUUUAAUCGAGGCGAUCUCCGGAAUCACGCUUCCGCGAGCGAGUGGCACUUGCACCCGCUGUCCGACGGAGUGCCGCUUGGCAAACUCCACAGAACCAUGGAAGUGUACUGUGUCUUUGCACUUCAUCACGGACAGCGACGGUCAGGCCCUUGGUCAUCCUCGAAACGACCAGUUCGGAGACGUGGUUUAUGACAAGGGUCAAGUAGAAGACCGGAUUCGGCGCGCUCAAAAAGCAAUAUUGAACCCGGGCACCGAUGCACAGAAGUUCCUAGGCGAUGACUUUGACAACGCCGGAGACACGUCUCGCCAGGAGCUAACAUUCUCGACCAAUAAUGUUUCCCUGCAGAUCAGCGGUCCGGAAGUCGAAGACCUUUCGUUCGUCGACCUCCCCGGUCUCAUCGCGAGCGUCGGCUCCAAUGAAAAUGAAAACGACAUUGAGCUCGUGAAGUCUCUCGUCACAACGUACAUCGAGCGUGACAGCUGCAUCAUAUUGCUCACAGUCGCGUGUGAAACGGACUUUCAAAACCAAGGUGCUCACCGAGUCACGAAGCAGCACGACCCCGACGGUUGGCGUACCAUUGGAGUCUUAACGAAACCAGACCGCAUCCCCUCCGGGGAAGAAGAUGAUUGGUUGAAGUACAUCCGAAACCAAGCUGAACCCCUUCAGCACGGCUGGUUUAGCGUCAAGCAGCCGGACUCGCGUGCUAUCGCGGGCGGAAUCACUUGGGAAGACGCGCGCGAGAAGGAGCGAGAGUAUUUUUCAACGGUCUCCCCCUGGAACGCGCUUGACCUAGAAUACAAGAACCGUCUGGGGACGCACAAGCUGGUCGACCGGCUUAGCGACGUUUUGUCAGAUCGUAUAUCCCAACGACUCCCGAUGAUUCAGGAUGAGCUGCAGAAGCUGCUCGCGGACACCCACACGAAACUUUUGCAACUGCCAAAGCCGCCGUCUGCGGAUCCUCUCUCUGAGGUCCUUUUUAUGCUGUCAACGUUCACCAAGGCGCUCGGAAAAUACAUCGAGGGUACCCCUUCCGCGGACGGGCUGCUGCAGUCCAUUAGGCCCGCUUGCGACACCUUCUGUCAAGCGAUUCGCGCGACAGAGCCGGACUUUCGCCCCUACGACCGGGCCUUUGCCUCCAGUCACGAAGACGACCACAAGUUUGUCGUGGCCGAGUUCAUCUCCAACGAGGGAUCCCCUUUCUCUCCUCCGGACAACUCGAGGGCGAUCUUCCUGGAUGAUGUCAUGAAGCGCGCAAACGAGGCCAGGACCCGCGAGCUCCCGGCACACUACCCCUUCGUUGUGACUCAGCAAUACAUCGUCUCGAUUGUCGGCGGUUGGCUGAACCCCGCCGAAGUGCUGUUCCGCGAGGUGCACAAGAUCCUCCUCAAGCACGUCAAACAGCUCGUAAAGACCCAGUUCGCGCAGUUCCCUCUCCUCGAGAGCCGCGUCUCGGCCAUCGCCUCCGAUUUCGUGCAGAAGUCCGCCGAGGAGACCCUCGCCCGCAUUCAUUGGUUCCUUGCCCUGGAGCGCCGCCCACGAACGAUGAACGAGGUUCACUACGCCGACUACCGCCAGCGGUUCCUCGGGCACUACAAAGCCUGGCGCCCGCGCGACACGCAGCCCCCGCUCGCACAGCGCAUCGCGGAGGCCGCCGCCGCGAACGACGGGGACGACAAGGCCGCGCUGAACGACGUCCUCUCCGGCCUCGCCCGUCUGGGGCACGGCGGCGCGCAGGCCGUCGACAUCGCGAAGAUCGGGGCCGCGGACGAGUACGACGCCGCGCUCGAGAUCAUGGCGAGCGUCCGGGGGUACUUCCAGGUUGCGUACAAGCGCUUUUCCGACUGCAUCCCGAUGGCGCUCGACCACGAGCUCGUGCUCGCACUCGACCGCGACCAGGCCCUCGAGAAGGCGCUGCACGCGGGCCUCGGCAUCGGCGGCGACGGCGGCCGAGCGCAGUGCGCCGAGUAUAUCAGGGAGCCCCGACACGUCGCGGAGCGCCGCGAAGAGCUCAUGAAGAAGCGCGAGCGGCUCGAGACGGCCCGCAAGCAACUCGCGGAUGUGUGGCUUUGA